AACCCAGCUCGCACACGAGCGAUUUGUGCGUCUGAAACUGGAAGGAAAUUGUGCGUGGAGGCGCGGGGGGGCUCCUCUUCCUCUCCCUGCCCCAGCCCACCGCGCUCCAGCCCGGCGCCUCGGCUCGGGGAAGAUCCAUGGUGGCAUCCCCAUGUCAUUCUGCUCGAAGUGACUUCAUGUGAUGUCAGCUUUAAAUGUACGAGACGGCGAUCUGACGCCGAAGGAGAUGUUUGCUAUCAAAAUGUGACUGCGGCCGCCCCGCGCUGCUUGGAUGCGCCUCGCCGGCGCCGGGCGAAGAGCCGAGAGCGGGUGGCCGCUCGCACCGAGUCCCCGCACGGCGACAUGGCGAGCUCGGGGCCGCUGGAAACCGUGAUGCCUUCCCCCUGCCCCCGCCACGACGGCAGGGCCACCGCCGCCAACCCCGCCAAGACCCUGGCCUUCUCCAUCGAACGCAUCAUGGCCAAGAGCUCGGAGCCCAAGCCGGCCUUCGAGCAGCGGCACGGCGGGCCGGGGCCGGAGCCGGGCAAGAAGCCGCUGAGCCUUUGCUCGCCGCUGCCCUGCGUGAUCCCGCUGCCGCCGCUGGGCUACGAGGUGCCCUCCAAGACUCUGCUCACCUACCCCGAGCUCUGGAAGAGCGGGUUGCGGGGCGGUUCGGGGCUUUGCAAAGCCAACUGCGGCGUCUGCUGCAAAGCGGAGCUCGCCCUGGGCCAGCCCCGGCUCGUCAAGCCGCAGGUCAUCCACCAGGCGGGGGCAAUCCCGGCCGCCCCCCGCUCCCUCUACUAUUUCAACUACCUGGACGCCGGGUACCGCCCGGGCGACAUCCUGCACGGACAGCUCUUCCCCGCCGGGCUGCUGGGCGCCCCGCCGCCGGGAGGGCUCUCGGCCCACCAGAAGCUUUUCCUGCUGGAGAACGCCAAGCUGGCGGGGCUGGCGGGGGAGAAGCUGCCGCCGCCGCCGCCCUUCGCCCCCAAGGAGCGGCUGCCGGGACCCCUGGAUCAGGCGAUGAAGGAGGCGGCGGAGCGCGGCGGCCCCGCCAAGGGACACGCGAAGCUGUCGGGGGGCGGCGGGGCGGCCGAGGGCAAGCCCAAAAACUUCACCUGCGAGGUCUGCGGCAAGGUGUUCAACGCGCACUACAACCUCACCCGACACAUGCCGGUGCACACGGGGGCGCGGCCCUUCGUCUGCAAGGUCUGCGGGAAGGGUUUCCGCCAGGCCAGCACCCUGUGCCGGCACAAAAUCAUCCACACGCAGGAGAAGCCCCACAAGUGCAACCAGUGCGGGAAGGCGUUCAACAGGAGCUCCACGCUCAACACCCACAUCCGCAUCCACGCCGGCUACAAGCCCUUCGUCUGCGAGUUCUGCGGCAAGGGUUUCCACCAGAAAGGCAACUACAAGAACCACAAGCUGACCCACAGCGGGGAGAAGCAGUACAAGUGCACCAUUUGCAACAAAGCCUUCCACCAGAUCUAUAACUUGACUUUCCACAUGCACACCCACAACGACAAGAAGCCCUUUACGUGCGUCACUUGCGGGAAAGGAUUUUGCAGAAACUUUGAUUUAAAGAAGCACGUCCGAAAGUUACACGACAGCGUUUCCAGCGCUCCGCCACCCCCGCGGGACCCCGGGCGCGGCGGGCAGAGCUGAGAGACCGGCUCCACCGGGCCAGCACUAUUUAUCCAAACCAGCCUUCGCUUCUCUGUCUCUUCCCCAGCGAGCUCAGCCGCCGGUAGCAAGCGAUCCCGAGCCGCAGUUGUAUAUAAGAGGAAUCUUAUUUAACGGCGCCCUGCGGCGCCGGGGGGGGACCGGGCUGGCCGCCCCCCGCCCGGACAGCGCUCUUUAUACGUGUCUGUAAAUCUCCAUUUUAAAUGUACGCUCGAAUAAGUGAGGAAUAUAUAUAUCCAUAUAUAUCUAUCAUGGGACAAUAAACCGGCCCUUCGCAGGUGUCUCAUUUUCCCCGGCCCCGGGGAACCGGGCUGAAACGGCGACAGCCCCCCGUGUAAACGUGGCGUGAGGGGGAUGCGGGAGCCGAGCAUCCCGCGCCCCCAGAGGAAAGAAAGCGAGGGAGGGAAGGGAGCCGAAGGCUGCUCCCGCCGGGACGGGGCUGCGGGACCCGCGGGGGGCGGCCGGGAUUGUCCCCGCGCCGCGUCCCGGGGUCGGAGCAUCACGGCGCAGUGAAGCCGCUCCCGAACGACUCUUUCCUUGCAUGCAGAUGAAUUGAUCUCACGCUUGCUUUCCGAGUAAUGACCCAAAUUAAGAGAGAAAACACAGACCCUUCAAAACGCAUUACAUUAAUCUAAUCACUCCCAGCAGGCCUCAGAAACUCUUUUUGAUCAGAAUAUGGAUAAUCAAGCACUUGGAUUACACUCAAUAUUCCCUUCUCAUCUCCUCCCCUCCCUCACUUUUAAUAUGCAAGCGCCUAUUCCGACCACGUCGUUAGGAACAAUAUUGUUCUGGCGGAGGAAGGGGCCGUGCCGUGCGUGCUGCCGGGGCCGCCUUUGCCAAUGAAGAGGGGAACGAGCGGGACCUGGGGACAGCGAGCUCGCCUUUCCCCGCUUCCCGGGGCGGUGAAACGGGAGCGCAGGUCGCGGGAGGCAGCGCUCGGCUGCGAUGCUCGGUGCUCCCCGAGGAGCGAGAGGGGGACCCGGGGCUGGAGACCCUGCGCUCCCGCUUGCAGGGACGGUGUCGGCUCCGCAGUUUCUCGGGGUGUGGAUAUUUCCGUGCCAGAAGUAUCGUUUUGAUGGUUUGGGGCGGGUGAGGAGCGAGAAAGGAUGCCCGUUGAUACGGCAGCGGCGAAAGAUUGUGUCACAAUUCGUUAAAAGAUUUUUUUUCUUUUGGUGGGGGGCAGAAUUUCGGGUUAAAACUAAAUUUAAAAGGGAAAAUAUCAGCCCCGCAGCCGUAAUUCAGCGCUCUGGAAACCUCGGGUGCGGGACCGUCCCCGUGGCAAAGGGGCAGUGAUACAAGAGAUCGCUCCCGCACGUUGCCCAGGCCUGAUCAAGGAUGCUUGUUUUCGAAAACUCCGAAACGAGUCUUAGAGUGUUUAUUUGCCGGCAUUUUCGGUAUCAGCAGGCGGGUCGGGGCCGAGGGCACCAGCCUAGCCUAGCUCUCCAGCCGCCGCCA